AACAAAUGGAAGCUGCUGAAUGGCAGUCGAAGUUCUAAACUAAAAUAAAGCUUUAUACGGCAGUGCGUUGUCUACUUGUGUUAUGAAACAAUUCGAAAUAGAUUUUUUUUUUUCUUUAGACCUUAGCAAUGACUCUGAAUUUCAUUUCAGGGGUUCUCGCCGAAAAGCGUAUGUUUUUGAUAGGAAUCUAAAGCUUAGUAAUAAGUAUUGACAACAUGACUCUACCGGCUUUGCACAACACCGGAGUGCUUUACAGAAGGAUUUUGUCACAAUUUCCCCAGGAUAUCAGUUUAGCUUUUGCAUAUGGAUCUGGCGUUUUCAAACAGCAAGGAACGAGCCAAGGUCAGAUGGAGAAAAACAUGCUGGACUUUGUGUUUGCGGUGGACGAUCCAGUCACGUGGCAUACCAUGAAUUUGCUGCAGAACCGUAAACAUUACUCUAUCCUUAAACUAUUGGGACCUGCUAUGAUCAGCUCCUUACAGAGUGACCAUGGAGCAGCUAUGUACUACAACACGCUGGUGCCAGUUGAUGGGAGGGUUAUUAAGUAUGGUGUGAUAAGUACAGAGUGUCUAAUUGAUGACCUCAUGCACUGGAAAAGCUUGUAUGCUGCAGGGCGGCUUCACAAACCGGUGAAGUUGCUGGUGCAGGGUGAUAAUGGAAAGCUGCGUGCCGCGAUGGUAGCCAACCUGAAAAGCGCUGUAACGGCAUCAUUCCUUAUGCUUCCGGAAAGUUUCAGCGAGGAGGAGCUUUUCCUGCAGAUUGCUGGUCUUUCUUACGCUGGUGAUUUCCGGAUGGUGAUAGGAGAGGAUAAAUCCAAGGUCGCCAACAUAGUUAAUGACAACAUCGAGCACUUUCGGAUUCUCUACAGUAACAUCUUACGGGACUGCCCGCAAGUGGUCUACAAGCCCCAACAAGGAAAACUGGAGGUCGACAAAAGCCCAGAAGGCCAGUUUGUCCAGUUGAUGGCGCUUCCUCGCACCUUGCAGCAGAGGAUUACAAAACUGGUGGAUCCUCCUGGGAAGAAUAGGGAUGUGGAGGAGAUAUUGCUGCAGAUGGCUCAGGACCCCGACUGUGGAGUAGUUGUGCAGCAAGGAAUCUCCUCAAUUGUGAAAUCAUCCAGUAUAACACAGAGUAUCAAAGGAAUUGCGACAGCUGGCAUGUGGAAGACCGUGUCCUAUAGCGCUAAGAAACUUAUAAAGAUGUGGAAGGGCUGGAAGAGGAAACCAUCAAUUUCACAGACUUCCUGAUCUACGUUUGGCCUUGGAAUCAGUCAUCAUCUUUUCUUAAAACGUAACAAACUGGAAUUUAAACACUUUUCUCACAUCAAAUCUAUGAAUUGAAUACAGCCACGCCAAGGUGAUAAAUUCAAUUUUGAAGUAAUAAACUUGCCCUUAAACAAACAAACAUAUGCCAUGUUUACGUGCAGUCACUAUUCAGUCAGUAAUCUUUGUUUUUUUUUUUUCUUUUAAACAUUCAGAAUAACCUGUUCACAUGAGUAAGCAUAGAGGGUUACUGUAUAAUAAUUGUAAUCAAUCAGGGCAUUUAGAUCCAAACUGCAACACAUGGGCACUAUCUCCAUAUACAGAGCUUGAAGAAAACCGUGUCAUUUCUGUUGAUAAAUGACAUAAUGCUCAAGUCUUCCAGUAAGCUAAUGCAGUGAUCACCAAAAGUGGGGUGCACUGUUGCAUUUCACAGGUUUCACCAUGUUUGCGGCAACAAUUAUUUCCUGUACUUAAAGGACCAUUAUUUCUUGUGAAAUUGUUAUGCGCAGAACAUUAAUGAACGUUCCUGUCAAAGGGGAUAUCCCAAAAGGUGUACAGGACUAUAUAUGUCAAGACAAAAACAGGUCAACAAAGCACAUGCAUUACUGGAACCGUGUCCUAUGGUGUGAUGAGAUGGGCGGGUUUUCUUGUGUACCGCCUUCAAAAGAGGCUUCCCCUGGGGUGACAGCCAUGCACACCAAUUUGAUGUAGAGUACUGCGUAUGGUCCGAGCACUAACAGGCUGACCCCUCCCACAUCUUCAAUCUCUGCAGCAAUGCUGACAGCACUCCUGUAACAAGUCACAUGAAAGUUUGGAGGGAAAAUAACAAGCAGUACUCAAUUUGGACAUUUAGGGAUGUGCAUUUCUUCAUAGGGGUGUACUCACUUUUGUUGCCAUGGGUUUAGAUAUUAAUGGCUAUAUUUUUUAGUUAUUUUGAGGGGAAAAUAAAUUUACUCUAUUAUAUAAGCUGCACACAGACUACUUUUCAUUAUGUCAAAGUUUCAUUUUGUCAGUGUUGUCCCAUCCAAAGAUAUACUUAAAUAUCUGCAGAAAUGCGAGGCGUGUACUCACUUUUGUGAUACAUUGUAUCACCAAAAAAUGUACGCAAGUACAGGUAAAAAAAUAUUUGCUGAAAAGAAACCUCAAAUAAUGAGUAACGUGAGUAACUGCUUAAGAUGUUACUUUUUUUUUCUUAAACAAUGGUAUUUGUUUUCUUAGCACAAGGUUAUCUAUAUGAACUGUUAUUAUACUGUCCUAUAACAUAUUACACAUGAAGCCAAUAAAAUACAACCCCCCCUCCAAAAAAAAAAACAUUGAAUUAUGUCGAGAGAAAAAAAAUCUACAGAAAUGAAGCAUUAUUUGUCCAAAGACAUACAUGAGUGACCUCUAGUGUAGAAAACAUAUUUCCUAUUAUGAAACUAAAAGGAUCAUAUCUCCGGUUUCCCGUGGUCAAUUGAAAACAGAUGGAAAUUAAAAUCCGUGCUUUGUUUCAACUCAUGUUGACAGCUAUGUCAAAUACUUUAUUUUUUACGGUGCUUUAAAGAUGCCACAUGAUUGAACAGGCUGGCGUGAUCAUAGGCAAGCUUGAUUGCGUCUCUGGCUUUAAAUAAAAAAAAAAAUAAAUAAAUAAAUAAAAAAAGUAGAAAUAAAUAAGAGUAGUGUUUCUUUUUCACAAAUCUACUCGAGUAAAAGCAAAAAAUAUGGCUUAGUAAAACUACUCUUAUAGUUUUCUCGAAAAGCUACUUAAGUAAAUGUAACUGAGUAAAUCUAACGUGCUACUACCUACCUCUGCCCUCGGGCAAAA